CGUGGGGCGGGCGGCGGCGGAGGAGGGAAGGCGCCCCGCUCGCUGAUGCAAGAGGCUGGUGCGGCCGCCGGAGCCGUCGCCGCCGGGGUCUGAGUUCGAAUCGCGGCGCGCCGCCACCCUCGGGCGCGGCCAUGUCCGGGGACGAGAUGAUUUUCGACCCGACGAUGAGCAAGAAGAAGAAGAAGAAGAAGAAGCCCUUUAUGCUGGACGAAGAAGGGGGCGACGUCCAGACGGAGGAGACUCAGCCGUCCGAGACGAAGGAAGUGGAGCCGGAGCCGGCGGAGGACAGAGACCUGGAGGCCGAUGAAGAGGACAGUCGGAAGAAAGAUGCAUCUGAUGAUUUGGAUGACUUGAACUUCUUCAAUCAAAAGAAAAAGAAGAAAAAAACAAAAAAGAUCUUUGAUAUCGAUGAGGCGGAAGAAGGCAUAAAGGAGCUGAAAAUCGAGAGUGAUGUGCCAGAGCCAGCGGAACCCGAAGACGAUCUUGAUAUCAUGCUGGGCAACAAGAAGAAGAAGAAGAAGAAUGUGAAAUUCCCCGACGAGGAUGAGAUUCUCGAGAAGGAUGAAGCUCUGGAGGAUGAAGACAACAAAAAGGAUGAUGGCAUCUCAUUUAGCAAUCAGACGGGUCCUGCCUGGGCUGGCUCAGAAAGAGAUUACACGUAUGAUGAGCUGCUCAAUCGGGUGUUCACCAUCAUGCGGGAGAAGAACCCAGACAUGGUCGCUGGGGAGAAGAGGAAAUUUGUCAUGAAACCGCCUCAGGUUGUCAGAGUAGGAACUAAGAAGACAUCUUUUGUCAACUUCACAGACAUCUGCAAACUAUUGCAUCGUCAACCUAAACAUCUCCUGGCAUUUUUACUGGCUGAAUUGGGUACAAGCGGAUCCAUAGACGGAAACAACCAACUUGUCAUCAAGGGAAGAUUCCAGCAGAAACAGAUAGAAAACGUCUUGAGGAGAUACAUCAAGGAGUACGUGACCUGCCACACGUGCCGCUCCCCGGACACCAUCCUGCAGAAGGACACGCGCCUCUACUUCCUGCAGUGUGAGACCUGCCACUCCCGCUGCUCCGUCGCCAGCAUCAAAACCGGUUUCCAGGCCGUCACGGGCAAGAGGGCACAGCUCCGAGCCAAGGCCAACUAGCCCAGCCUGAGUUGGGCGUGUGCGCAGCGAGCUCGGAGGGGCGGGUGGAUCGGAGCGAGGCGCGGGACCCGCCGCCCCCGCCGCCGCCGCCAACCACUUACUACUCUCUGGCUUGGGGCAGGUGGGCGCCGCAGUCUGUCCCACGAGCUGCCGGUCUCCAAGCUGGGCACGUGUUCAUGGAUGUAUUUUACCGCCGGCCACAGAAACACAGGGGAAGGGAGGUGCUUUUUUUAAAACCGUUCCUAGAGUUCUGUACAAUGCAAGAUAAAUUAAAAUUAUUAUAAGUCA